CUCCCAUUCCAUGCUCAAGUCUCAACACAUUUCCCCACUGCACAAAUAUGCUCACAGCUCAGGCCAGCCCCACCACUCUCCGGCGGAGGGAGCCCUUCCCUGCCACCUCGAAACAGCGCAGGCUGACUGUAAAUCCCUCCACCCUCCGGCCCGGCAGGUGGAAUGUGAUAAGGGCUGUCAUCAGCAGUGGAGAUAGCAAAGCAGGAGUGGAAACAGCAGAUAAAGCUGUGGAAAGCAAUGGAGCUUUAGUGUCUUCUUCAAGAAGUGGAGGUGUGAGUGUGAGAGCAGUGAUCAGGAUAAGGAAAAAGAUGAAGGAGAAGUUGUUUGACAAGAUUGAGGAUCAGUGGGAUUCUUUCCUCAAUGGGAUUGGGAAAGGGAUCUCACUUCAGCUCAUCACCCAAGAACCUCAUCUUGGCAAGAGUGACGAGACUUUUGUGAGAGGGUGGUUGCCUAGCAUAUCUGACAAUCCAUAUGUGGUGGAGUAUGGAGCUGACAUGGUGGUGCCAAAUGAUUUCGGCCAGCCGGGAGCUGUUGUUGUGACCAAUUUCCAUGAGAAAGAGGUGUUCUUGAUGGAGAUUGUGGUUCAUGGCUUCAAAGAGCCAAUAUUCUUCACUGCUGAUACAUGGAUUCAUUCCAAGAAAGACAAUCCUGAGAGUAGGAUAAUAUUCAAGAAUCAGGCUUACCUGCCGUCUGAGACACCACCCGGGCUCAAGAAUCUCAGGCAAGAGGUGCUGCAUCGUGUUCGUGGCGAUGGGAAAGGAGAGAGGAAGAUGCACGAGAGGAUAUAUGAUUAUGAUGUGUACAAUGAUUUGGGUAAUCCUGAUAAGGAUGAGGAGCUAGCCAGGCCGGUUGUGGGCGGUGAAGAGAGGCCGUACCCUAGGCGUUGCCGGACUGGUAGACGUCCCUCUUUAACAGAUCCCGAUACAGAGAGUAGAAUCGAGAAGCCUGAUCCGGUGUAUGUUCCUCGUGAUGAGACGUUUGAGGAGGUCAAGCAGAACACAUUUUCUGCUGGAAGGUUGAAGGCUGUGCUGCACAACCUUAUACCAUUGAUUGUUUCUAAAUUGGCUAGUUCGGACGUCCCAUUCACAAACUUCUCGGACAUAGAUAAUCUGUAUAAUGAUGAUAUUCUGCUGCCAAAAGAAGCCAAAAAUAAUCACCUCCUUGCCAAUCUGAUGGAUCAAGUGAUGAAUGUUGGUGAUAAUUUGCUGAAAUACGAAAUACCAGCCAUUAUUAGGCGUGACAGAUUUUCAUGGCUAAGGGAUAACGAGUUUGCUCGUCAGACUUUGGCCGGGGUGAAUCCUGUUAAUAUCGAGCUACUAAAGGAACUUCCCAUUUUAAGUAAACUAGAUCCUGAAAUAUAUGGCCCUCCGGAAUCUGCAAUCACUAGGGAAUUAAUAGCCAGAGAGCUUAACGGAAUCAGCGUUGAAGAGGCAAUGAAAAACAAGAAGCUGUUUAUAAUUGACUAUCAUGAUUUGCUGUUGCCAUUCAUUGAGAAGAUGAAUGAGUUGCCAGACAGAAAAGCUUAUGCUUCCAGAACUGUCUUCUAUUUUGAUCAAGGCAUUCUUAGGCCAAUUGUCAUUGAGCUAUCACUCCCUCCGACUUCUUCGUCUCCCAGGAACAAGAAAAUUUAUACUCAUGGGCACGGCGCCACCUCUAGCUGGAUGUGGAAGCUGGCUAAAGCUCAUGUUUGCUCCAAUGAUGCAGGCGUUCACCAACUCGUGAACCACUGGUUGAGGACUCAUGCCUGCACGGAACCUUAUAUAAUCGCCACUCACAGGCAGCUAAGCACAAUGCACCCAGUCUACAAACUACUGCACCCACAUAUGCGCUACACCAUGGAAAUCAAUGCCCUUGCAAGGCAAAGUUUGAUAAACGCCGGUGGAGUCAUAGAGGCUUGCUUCAGCCCUGGAAAGUACGCCCUGGAGAUAAGCUCAGCCGCCUAUGAGAGCCUGUGGCAGUUUGACAGGGAAGCAUUACCCGCAGAUUUAGUUCACCGGGGAAUGGCUGUUGAGGAUCCCACCAUGCCUGGUGGUGUCAAACUUGUGAUCGAAGAUUAUCCUUAUGCUGCAGAUGGUCUUCUCAUAUGGGCUGCCAUACAGGAAUUGGUAGAAUCCUACGUUGAGCACUAUUAUUCCGAGCCAAAUUCCAUCUCAUCGGAUGUGGAGCUUCAGGCCUGGUGGAACGAGAUAAAAAACGUGGGGCAUUAUGGCAAGAGAAAUGAGUCGUGGUGGCCUAACCUCAAUACACAAGAUGACUUAUCAAGAAUACUUACAACCAUGAUUUGGACUGCUUCUGGUCAGCAUGCAGCUAUCAACUUCGGACAAUAUCCGUUCGGGGGAUACGUACCUAACCGUCCAACUCUCAUGAGGAAACUAAUCCCUCAACCGGGAGACUCUGAGUACGAAAAGUUCCUUCACAACCCUGAGUACACUUUCUUGACUUCAUUGCCCACACAACUCCAGGCAACAAAGGUUAUGGCUGUCCAAGACAGCCUAUCAACACAUUCUCCAGAUGAAGAGUACCUGCAUCAGUUGGACCAGAUUCAGAGGCUUUCCUCUAAUGAUCCUCAAGUUCACAAGUUUUUUGAAAAUUUCUCUGUUCAGUUAGAAGAGAUAGAACGAAUUAUCAAUCUACGGAAUAAGAAUGUAGAACUGACAAACAGAACUGGUGCUGGUGUUCCUCCAUAUGAAUUGCUUCUUCCCACUUCACCUCCUGGCGUUACUGGUCGUGGUAUUCCUAACAGCAUUUCCAUCUGACUUUGUGGUCCGGAGUUGUGCUCUAGGGAUAGCCUGUAAAUCUGUAAUAAAUGCUAGAGAGUGUCUAUAUCUGCAUCUAUUAGAAUAGGAGAUCAAACAAGGCUAUCUAUUCAGUUUCAACAAUGUUUGCUACUCCUUCACUCAUCAUUUUGUAUCAAAUACUCUUUGUGCGUCUAGAUAAUAAACUUAAUGCAUUGCAUCUUUAUGAA